GGAUGGAAGAGGGAAAGCUGAAAUGCACCCUGACGAAUACGAUGGGACCAAUCAACGCUGCCAACUUAAAAGAAGCUCACAAAUUAAUAGAAAGCAAAAAAAUGAUUGGAAAACUAGUGUUAUCAGGAUUUUAACUAGUAAUAUUCUUUCCUUCACUCUCCGAAUACGUGUAUGCAGCGACUAAAAUGGUUAGUCUACCAAAAUCAAUGAAAGCUGUUGGACUGUACAAAUAUUUGCCCAUAGAAGAUGAAGAAAGUCUUCUGGACGUAGAAGUGAAUUUGCCAAGUGUUAACGAAUCGGACGUGCUAAUUGAAGUUAAAGCAACUGCUGUGAAUCCUAUUGAUGCCAAACAACGCGCUCCUAAAUCUAAUAUAGAAGCUACUCCUCGUAUCUUGGGAUGGGACGGCGCGGGAAUUAUAGUAUCGAAAGGGGAGCAAGUCAGUUUAUUCAAUGUCGGCGAAGAAGUAUUUUUCACCGGCGACUUGAGGAGAAGUGGUACGAAUGCACAAUACAUAGCCGUUGACCAGUUUCUAGUGGGUAAGAAACCUAAGAACUGGACUUUUGAACAAGCUGCCGCUAUGGCACUGACUUCGCUCACUACAUUCGAAUCUAUUUAUGAUCGCUUGCUACUCUCAGAGAAGGAUAAAGGCAAAUCUCUUCUGAUCAUCAACAGCGCUGGCGGAGUGGGAUCGGUAGCCACACAGGUCGGUAAAAACUUGGGCCUAAAAGUUAUUGGUACUGCAUCACGUCCUGAAACACAAGCUUUUACUCAAGAAUAUGGAGCAGACAUAGUUCUCAACCACGCUGAAGAUUUAAUACCACAACUAGAAGCUAAUGGUUUCGGCGAAGGUGUGGACUUUAUCUUAGUAAACUACGAUCCUGCCCCGUAUUGGGAUACACUGAUGAAAGCUAUCAAACCUCAGGGUAGAAUAUGUUUGAUUGUUGAUAGCAGUGCACCGGUAGAUAUUAGACCAUUGAAAGACAAAAGUGUAACUUUGGUAUCAGAAAUGAUGGCGACUAGGAUUAAGUAUAAUACCGUGGAUAGGAUCAGGCAUCAUGAACUGAUGAAUGAGAUAUCUAAGUGGAUGGAGGAAGGGAAGUUAAAAUGUACCCUGAAGAAGACCAUGAGCCCCAUUAAUGCUGCCAACUUACGAGAGGCUCAUAAACUACUCGAGGAAAAACGUUUGAUUGGAAAACUUGUGCUUUCUGGAUUCUAGUCGAAAUUGGCACCAAAAUUAUAUUUUAAGUUUUUGAAUUCCAA